AUGAACAAACAGGCCAGAACAGCUCGAGGACCUAAGCCGACAAAGGCUUGUGCCUCGGGCCAACGUAUGUUUUACAUUGUCACUUUGGAACGCAGACUACAUGUACAACCCUUGGAUGUCCAUUUAUACUUACCAGCUGUCAAGGCCUCUGCACUUCAUGAUUUGCUUGAACUUGAAGAGGCAGACUUGCUCAACAUACAUCCCGCAAUGCGUGACCAUCAAUCUGUUUUGGACCGAUUAGAUCGAAUUGAAACUGUCUUGGGCAUAGACCGAGAUGCUCAAGAGGACUCCGUUGUUUCUCCAGCCUCACCAGGAGAGAAAGAUUGCCAACAAAUAUCUAUACAAGGAGCAUGGAGCGCUAUUACUCACCUAAAGUCUAUUACUCGCCCAGCACAGGAGGAGGCUAUUUGGUCGAAACCAAAUGUCAAGUGCCUUUGGACCUCAUUUCUCAACAAUCUACCACUCCUUCACUUCCUAAAAGAUCGAGAUGCCUUUGAUUCUCCGACCCCACUAUUACUAGCUUCUGUCCUCUACAUCUCCGCCCUCCACCACAAAUCAUCCGAGAUGGCAUCCUUAGAAGCGGGCUAUUUUACGGCAAUUUGCUGCGCAAUAGCCGAACUGGCAUCUUCAAGUUCAAACCCGAGUCCUGUUUCUAUGACAGAAAAGAAAUCACCAGAUGUUCUGAAGCGCGAAGCAUUUCAUAAUAUCCUUGGUUUGAUCAUGGCAAGUCUAAGCUCCGAAGCUUAUGUUGCAACGACCGGCCUAUGGAUCGCAAUGGGAUACCGGCUCUGGUUAGAUCACUGUCCCUUGGAUCUGGAAGCCUCAACACUAGAUUGGCGUGGUUUGUUCUCCGGCCUUCAAGUCAUAGAUAUUGAACAUGCAUCAAUACACAUGUCCUAUCCUCUCAUUCCCCGCCAACCACUGACCCCUGGUAUCCAGCGUCUAGACAGCCACCAAGGAAAUGCUUUUCAAGGUCUGGCCGAAAUGAUGCACUUCGGCCUCAGCCACUUUGUGGGGAGAGGUCUACCGACAAUUUGGUGCUCAAUAAAUGCAGAGAUAUCUGACUAUACCCCGGUCGUUCAGAGUCCUUUUACAGAGCGGGACUCUGAGAUUAUUCGUCUUUGGGCUCGAAAGCUUGAUGACUGGCUUGUUCGGUAUAAUGGGGCAUCCCAACCAUCUCCAUCCGAUAAACAGGGCAUUUUGAUCUUGUUGCAAUACCAUUUGCACAAACUUUAUGUAUUGUCUAUAUAUCAUCCUGCCCGAGGAUUCAAUAUUAGCUCAGCAAACAUUAGUCCCGUGGAAAGACAUGAGCUGCUGGUAUCAGCACGAGCAGUAUUAAGACUGCGCCAAGAUGAUGCCAGCAUUUGGUCGAAUUGGGAUCUGAUAAUGAUAACAUGGGCUGCUAUUCUGCUUUUACGUGGGGUAGAAGAUGGCAUGACACACCAAGACGACCUGCACCUCAUUCACGUCCACCUUCAAAGUCUAGAGCGUAGUUCUCAAUCAACGGCAAGUAUACACACUGUUCUUUCACAGCGCCUCGAAUACAGCGUGCAGGCCAUGCAUACCCCACCAGACACAAGCUCUGCAUUGGUGUUCCCGGGUCCUAGUGCCGAUGAUUCUUGGACGAUCUUUGAUCAUGAAAUCAUGUCCCUUGCAAACCCGCCUUGGUUGUUCGAGGACUCUACCCCGUUCUCACAUAAUCAAAAAUCACUUGGUCAGGUGCCCGCCGGCCUACCUGUCCCCUACGCGGGCUUACUAGACAACAGUGCCCAGUCCUUUGGAGUGAACGCAGUUUGGAAUGACGCAGAUUAA